CUCAAGAAAUCUACAAGAGAAUAUCUUGAAUUACGAUGACAGGAGCUAAGCGUCUGCGCAUCCACGUUAUCUUACUCGUUCUACUUCUAGAUGUUCAACUCAUCAAGAAACCGAAUGCAGCAGUGAGUUUCAUCAGAAAAGAAUCGAACAGUUACUGUUAUAACCAAGACGGAUCCCUUGAUAUAGCAAAGCUAUCACCGACAUCAGACACAGAUACAACUGCUACUUCAAAGACGAUAUCCACCUACAUCACACAUUCUAUAACUUCAUAUUCAAAAUCAGUUUCUACCCAUACGCCAAAACUAUCACCGUCCCUUAUCCCAAAUGCAAAUUCUACUUUAGAUACAAUAUCAACCCACUCUAUACAAGAAUACACAAACGAAAUUACAAUCACUCCAGCCUUUGUUUCACCAUCGACGCCUUCUAAGGUAUUCAUUCUAUCUGCUACCUACCCAGGCGUUAGGCCAACGAUUGUCACAGCUAAAGGAAUCAAAAUGAUUGAAGAGUUUCACCAGUUUCUGCAUUCGCACGAUUAAGAGAUCCAACACUGGAUGAAGGGAUCCACCGCUCACAUCAUGCAACAUUUAGGAAUUGAUUAUUGAAAGAAAAAACAAUCUUACGCCAAGAUUUUUAAAGCAAGUAAAAUUCAAGAUAAGAAUGAUGGUCGUAGCUUCAUAAGUUUCUCACGACUUUCAAAAAUGGCGCGAUAUGUUACGGUCGCUGACCAGGGCACUGGGGACGAAGCACUAAAACGAGGUCUCARAGGCCAGCCUCCGUAUAUUAAACUUCGAUGGUGCCUUGGAAGAGUGUUUUGUUAUAAAUAACAUACCAAUASAUYUUUCAAACUUUUGGACMCCUCCCAUAUGCGAUCUUUGUAGUGAUUUUAAAAUGUAAGGCCUUUGAAGUCUCGGUUUCAUGGUUCGUCAUUAGUCCCCCYAUAUUGGCGGUGGUGAACUACCRCGAUUUUUGAAAGUCGUGUAAGAAGGAGGCUUAAAAUGAACGUUUUAGCCCGUAGGGAAACCAGGAUUAUAUACUGGCUCUUACAUGUAACUGUAUUACUCCAAGAUUUGGCAUCGAAGUCAAUUGAUAACUUUGGGUGAGAAAAAUACUUAAAAAAUUGUUAAGAAAUGUUCACGACUGCCACAAAACUCAAAAAGACGACCGCUGUACAUUUUCAACUCUAAUGAAUAUAGAGCGGAUUUCGUAUGAGUGGGACACCGUUACCGCAC